AGCCUCUAUUGAUUUGUUGAUUUCCUAUUUUCAGCUGAAAAAGCCUGAAAAAAGAGUCAAAAUUAGUGAAAAAUACGUGAGUCUCAAAGGACUCGAACUCAAGAAGUGACAAAAACCUUUAAAAAUCAUUUGAAAAGUCAAAUUUUCAAGAAAAAAUCAAUUUUUUGGGGAUACGCCAACUAUCAACAAAAAAAGAUGAAUAAAACCGGCCAUGAUGCUUCGUCAAUUGUGGAUCUACGGAUGAAGCCUGGACUAUUGGAGCAACCGAAACGGAUUUUACGCCCUCGGAAUGAGGCAAAAAGUUAUGCGGAGACCCCGGAUGUCGUGAUGCAAGAAUUUUCUCAAGAUUCGGGCACCGAUAAUGACGAAGAGAUGCCCAUGGAACCUAUUAAGGAAUUAUCCGCUGCUGAGAUCUGGGAACGUGAUAGAAAGUUGCGAAAAUUACGUGAAGAGCUCCAAAAAGAAGAAGCCAAAUUGUUGUUGUACAAGAAAUUGAAACAAUCGAAUGCAGUUGCGGUAAAAGAACCUUCAAUUCCUGCUGCUUUGACAAAUAACGUCUUAAAUAGCAGCGUUUUGAGUAACAUCCCAUCGAUUUUGUCGAAAACGCAACUUAGUGUCACAGCAACGAGUGGCGUUCCGCUUCAUUCGUCACGCGGAAAGCCCGCUUCUUUGCUCAGCGGACAACAAUCGAGCAAUAAUUCGAGCUCGAAUCAGUAUUCGUCGCGAAAUCAGCCGAUUGUCACGUCGCAUCGCAUGAAAAACUUGCCGAAUGAUGUCACGUUGACGCCGGGAUCGCCAAGUGUGAGAAAUGCGACACGAAAUCGCCCGAAUUUGACCAUCACUCCGUCGGUUACGAUCACGCCAGCAUCUGUUCCGCCCGCUAACAAGAACAGAAAUAACAUGAAUCAAGUGAAUGCCGUUUCUAUCAUUGCUACUGGACCAAGUUCUAUGGCAAAUGAGAAUAUCGAUCGAAGCUCAUCAUCCUCGCGUCAAGAAGAUACUCAAACUCCUGCUCAACGUCAAGCAGCGGCAAAACUCGCAUUACGUAAACAACUUGAAAAAACUCUUUUGCAAAUCCCUCCUCCCAAGCCUCCCGCGCCCGAGAUGAAUUUCAUUCCGAAUCCGAGCAACAUGGAAUUCGUUUAUUUGCUCGGUUUGGAGCACGUUGUCGACUAUAUUGUCGCGAAGGACAAAAAACCGCCAAGCUUGCCGCCCUUCCGUUGCAAUCAAUGCAAAAUUGAUUUUACGCCAAUGUGGAAAUGGGAGAAACAAGGCAAAAAGGGAAAUCCGACGUUCACGGGAGGCAAAGAUCUUCGUGUUUUGUGCGAAUCUUGUGUCACGAACAAUGUGAAGAAGGCAUUGAAAGCCGAGCACACAAAUCGCUUGAAGACAGCUUUUGUCAAGGCGUUGCAACAAGAACAGGAGAUCGAACAACGAAUUGCCAAUCAGAGCACGUCGAAUCCCUCGCCGAAAGAUUUGCAUCCGCAAACGACAAUUACGCCCUUGCCCAUUCAAAAGUCCUCGAAAUCGUCUUCUUCGUCGUCUUCGGUGCAAGUUAAUCCGAUUCAGCAAAGCAGUCGCUCAUCUCGCGGAGGACACGAUCAACAUCAAUCCAUGAACAUGAAAUCCUCCGCUGCGGAUCAAAUGAACAUGGCACAGUUGAAUGCUCUCGCCAGUUUGACUGGAUUGGGCGGCGUUGGAAAUCAAGGAAUGUCCGCAGCUGCAAUGCAAGCUUUCCAACAACAACUUUUCAGAGGAUUGCAACAAGGAAUGGCUUCCGGCAACAGUAACAGUGCUCAAAACUUGCAAGCUCAAAUGAUGCAACUCCCAUUGUUGUAUUCCUAUCAAAUGGCAAUGGCACAAGCUGUCACUGCAAGUAAGAGCGGAAAUUUGAACGAUUUGCAACGGAUCAUGGAAUUGCAUCGUCAAUAUUUGAUGGAAAUGAUGCCGCAAACGAAUAAUUCACGGCAAAAUAAUUGGAAGCAAUAAGCGGAUGUCGCAGCUUUCAAGAUUUUUUUAAGAAUUAGUGUUUAAAAAAAAAACAAUUUUUUGUAAGCAAAAAGGCUCUUUCUCGACGAAAUUUCAAAUUUUUUCCCACAAACUUUCGAAUUAUAAGUACCUAUCACCUUUUAUUAUAUUUGUGAAUGCAAU